CUGGGCUGGGAGGGAAGUGGUCGGUGUCAGACAGGAAACUCCAGGGGAGUUGGGGAGGCUAGACUCAAAAUUGCUGUGAUCAGAGAGCUCGGUGGAGUGGGUGUGAAUCAGAGGCUCAAACAACUACGUUCCCACUGCAGCCUUCUGAAAAUUGUUUUGCCAGUGUGAAGGGCUAAUGAGGCGGCCACGCUGGGGGGUCUUAGUUUGAAUGGGGGUGACUGCAAAUUGGAAGCAGACGGGCUACGGUAGUUUUCAAUAAAGAAGGUGAUAUGGUGACGCGUUCCCGGAUGCUGCUUCCUUUGCCGGCGGACGUAGUUGUUUCUGCCGAAAAUGAGCAAGCCCAGAGACUUUCAGCAUGACCUGGAGCGCAGCCUCCCGGCCAUCGCGUCUAUGAGCUCCUCCCUGUCGCGGAGCCAGGCCUUUUCCCCGCACUACUACUGCUCCCCGGAGAAAAGGAAAGCCAUCUCGGACGUCAGGAGGACCUUCUGCCUCUUCGUCACCUUCGACCUGCUGUUCGUGUCUCUGCUGUGGAUCAUCGAGCUCAACACCAAGGAUGGCAUUCAGAAGAACUUGGAGACCGAGAUCAUUGCUUACCGGUUUAAAACCUCGUUCUUUGAUAUAUUUGUCCUGGCUUUUUUCCGAUUCUCUGUGUUACUUCUGGGCUAUGCACUCUUAAAGCUCCGCCAUUGGUGGGUCAUUGCGUUCACUACUCUGGUGUCCAGUGCCUUCCUCAUCGUGAAGGUGAUCCUCUCGGAGCUGCUAGCCAAGGGGGCUUUUGGGUACCUCCUCCCUAUCGUCUCUUUCGUUAUCGCCUGGCUAGAAACGUGGUUCCUGGACUUCAAAGUCUUAACUCAGGAAGCAGAAGAGGAACGGUGGUACCUGGCAGCGCAGGCGGCAGCUUUCCGGGGCCCGCUGCUCUAUGCCGGCGCCCUCUCCGACGGGCAGUUCUAUUCCCCUCCCGAGUCCUUCGCAGGAUCGGACAAUGAAUCGGAUGAGGAAGGCGUGGGCAGGAGGCUGCUAACAGCGCAGGAGAAGGAAUACAUCCAACAAGGCAAAGAAGCAAUGGCAGUCGUGGACCAAAUCCUAGCCCAGGAAGAAAACUGGAAAUUUGAAAAGAACAAUGAGUUUGGCGAUGUGGUUUACACCUUUGAAAUUCCUUUCCAUGGCAAGACCUUUAUUUUAAAGGCCUUCAUGCAGUGUUCUGCUGAAACCAUCUACCAGGAGGUGAUUCUGCAACCGGAGAGGAUGAUCCUGUGGAAUAAAACAGUGGCAGCUUGCCAGAUCUUACAGCGGGUGGAAGAUAACACCGUGAUCUCGUAUGACGUUGCGGCUGGGGCUGCCGGUGGGGGGGUGUCACCCAGGGACUUUGUAAACGUGCGUCGCAUUGAAAGAAGGCGAGACCGCUAUAUUUCCUCAGGGAUGUCAACCACUCACAGCUUGAAGCCUCCGCUGUCCAAAUACGUCAGGGGCGAGAAUGGGCCGGGAGGCUUCAUCGUCCUGAAAUGUGCCAACAAUCCCAAAGUGUGCACCUUCGUCUGGAUCCUCAACACAGACCUCAAGGGUCGGCUUCCCCGCUAUCUUAUCCAUCAGAGCCUGGCAGCCACGAUGUUCGAGUUCACCUUCCACCUCCGGCAGCGGGUCGGUGAGAUCUCGGGCAGGUCCUGAGAGCCCAGCCUGCCGCUCCUCGGGGCCUUUUUACCUGGCCGCCGGCCAAGUGGGGAACCCGUUCCAGGCAUCGGACAGGGACUGCAGCCUCUUCCCUCCCCCAGGAACGGCUGGGCCAGACCUUGCGCCGGGGGGUGGCGAGCACAGACUUUACAGGAGUGCAGGAAGAGGCGUCCCUCCCUCAUCACCCCUCCAAUCAAGGAUCAAACUCACUGAGCAGCUGUGGGAAUUGACAGAGCCUGUUUGGACCGAACUCUAUGCUAAAAGCCCUACUGAUCAUGGUUUCCCCCUCCACCGCCUGCAGCGGGGGCGGGUCCUGGCUGGAUACCCCCCCUCCCCAACCCUCCCAUUUGUCUCCCGUCCGUUUUUUAAAAUGUUCUGCGGCUCGUCUGUGACUCUCAUGCGCCUGGAGCGACCGCCCUCCCUGAGACGCCUUGCGGCGGCGAGGGGAAGGCGGAGCCAGGCAUCCCGGUUCAUGGCGCCGCUCGGAAGGGUGGAACGGCGACUGUGGGAAACGGACCCCUACUGGGGGCGU